AUGGCAGCAGCCAGUAACAACGAGAAAUUCAAGCUGGAAAACCUAUUCAAUGUCAAGGGCAAAGUCGCCUUGAUAACAGGCGGUGGCUCAGGCAUUGGUCUAAUGGCCACUCAAGCCCUAGCUACCAACGGCGCCAAAGUGUACAUUGUCGGACGCACAGAGGAAAAACUCGACCGCGUCGCCGAGUUAUAUUCCAAAAACAUUUCUUCCGGUGGUCAAAUCGUCCCUCUCGCGGCCGACGUUGCGCAAAAGGAAGACAUCGCCCGGCUCUUGAAAGAGGUUGAAUCCAGAGAGAAACACGUUUCGAUUUUGAUUAACAAUGCAGGCAUAUCGACCGAAUCACGACAAGAUGUCGAGGGACACGAGCAACAUGCCCAUGGGCUCAAGGAGGCGCUGUUCGACGACAGCUCUGCCACCUUUGACGAGUGGACCAGUGUAUACCGCACAAACGUCGCGCAGCUCUACUUUCUCACCUCUGCUUUCUUGCCUUUACUCCAAAGGGGUACAGAAGCAGAACACGGAUUCAGCAGCACCGUGAUCAACAUCUCCUCGAUUUCCGGAAUUGUCAAGGCCUCGCAACACCACUUUGCGUACAACGCGUCCAAAGCCGCGGCCAUUCAUUUAACAAAGAUGCUGGCGCAUGAAAUCAACAAUACCGCGCACCUUAAGAUCAGAAUAAACAGCAUCGCCCCGGGAGUUUUUCCGUCGGAGAUGACCGCGGGCGCGAGCGACGAGAAGCAAAAGAGUUCCUUGCCAAAGGAACAAUACGAAAAGAAAGUGCCUGCGCAUCGGCCCGGGUCGGACCAGGAUAUGGGGAGUGCGGUUCUUUUUGUUGCUACGAAUCAGUAUUUGAAUGGGCAGACUGUUGUUGUUGAUGGGGGAUAUGUUUUGGCUGCUGGGUCUGUUUAG